CGCGCGCUGCUGACCUCCGUACACUUUAUCUGGAUUUCUUAUCACAUUUUUUUAAAUGUGAGGACCUUCUUUUUGUCUUUGACAGAGUUACGUUUUGGUUGAACACUCUAGUUUCUUUCCUCUAUAACAGGACGUGAUUGAGGACACAGCAUGCUGUCCUCCCUGAAGACUCUCCUGCUGCUCUCGGUCCUCUGCACACCGACCUCCAGCCUGUGCCUCCGCCUUUCCCAAACCCGAUCAGACCUCCUGUGCGACGACCGGCUGCCCCUCGGGGUCCGGAGCGAUGAGGACGAGCCUCGAGUUUUCUCCCCCGUGGACGGCUGGGGGUCUCUGCUGCAGUCCGCGGAGUAUCUCACCUCCUCCUCCUCUUCUCUGGAGUCCAGCCGGGAAAAAAGGACUUCAAACCCCGCAAAUUACCGCUUCAUGAGCCGGACCAAGCUCAGAGGGCAGAUGCUCCGGAACAGCAGCAAAGGGGACCGGAGGAGCAGGCUGACCCUGUCCCUGGAUGUCCCCACCAACAUCAUGAACGUGCUCUUUGACGUGGCCAAAGCCAAAAACCUGCGCGCAAAAGCGGCGGAGAACGCGCGUCUUCUGGCUCAAAUCGGACGGAGAAAGUGA